UUAGAUGUUUUGAAAUGGUGACACCCGGUUUAAAUAAAUAAUUUUAUUAUAUUAUUAUUUUUGAGAAAAACUAAUAGUAUAAAAUGGGAUUACUUACAGAUCCUACUACAGGUCAAGGCAAAUAUGUAAAAUGGCUUUUAAAAUACUACAGUAAGCUGUGUUUUUUGCUUUAUAUAUCUGGGGUUAUCUGGUUUUGUACUUUAGCUUAUCCUACAAUGAAUGCCAGCACAUAUUUCUCUGAAAACGCACUAUUACCUGGCUUAGUUAAAUCUCAAUUUCGCGAAGACAGAGAAGCAUUAAGAUACAAUGAAGAAUUACAGGAUGAAAUGAAGAAAUAUGAAGAUUCUAUUCCAUAUCCCUGGAUUGUAGCAAAAUUCAAACAGAUUGGUUUAGAUGCUUACAUACAUAAUUUUACACUCACUUCUCCGUUUAACCGAAAUGAAAAAUUUUCGGGAAAAAACAUAUAUGGUAUUCUUAGAGCACCCAGAGGUGCCAGCACUGAAGCACUAGUUUUAAGUACUCCUUACAGACCAAGCACUAGUGUACAUCCUCCUACAGGUCCAUCCAUAGCUAUUAUGUUAGCGUUUGCGAAAUAUGCCAACAGAGAGAAAUAUUGGGCAAAAGAUAUAAUAUUUUUGAUCACUGAACAUGAACAGUUGGGUACCCAGGCCUGGUUAGAGGCAUACUAUGGCGUCAGUUGUGGAAGUGAAGAAGUUUUAGAUCAUGGUGAUCUAAGAGGCAGAGGGGGAGCUAUUCAGGCUGCUAUUAAUUUAGAAUUACAUAGUGAAAAGAUUGGACAAAUGGAUAUAAAAAUAGAAGGUUUAAAUGGACAGCUACCAAACUUGGAUCUUUUCAAUUUGGCUUCAAAAAUGUGUGCCAAAGAAGGUGUUUAUCAAACAUUCAAGAAUAAAGGUCCAAGAUACUCCAGAGAUCCAGUUAAAGAAUGGUGGAACUACUUUAAGAAUUUAUUAUCAAUGAUGGCUACACAAGCUAGUGGAAUUCCCAAUGGCAACCAUGGUCUGUUUCACAGAUUUGGUAUCCAAGCCUUAACAUUAGAAGGAUUUGAGAGGUCCAGAAUAAAGUCAAAUAACAAAAUAAUGAUGGUUGGCAUUGGCAGAGUAAUAGAAGGGAUUUUCCGAAGUUUAAAUAAUUUGUUGGAGAGGUUUCAUCAGAGCUUUUUCUUUUAUUUGUUACCUUCUUCUGAACGAUAUAUCUCCAUAAGUCUUUACAUUCCAUCUGUGUGUUUAAUGGCUGGAACUAUGUUCAUUAAAGCAUGUGCUAGAUGGUUUAACCUCCAAAAAUCACCAGAAGAAGAGAAAAAAGCCAAUCCUAAAUCUGUAGUACGUGUAGACAAAAUAAUCAUUAUUUUCCUGAUGACUCACUUUUUCGGAAUAUUAAUUUCAAAUUUACCGCAAUAUGUAUCACUUCUAACGGACUACGACAAGAAUACAACAAUUUUUUACUCCCUACUGGCAUCAUCCGGGCUUCUUCUACUCUUACCAUUUUUCAUUGGAUUAAGAAAAUGUAGGGAAAGCAUGGAACUACUCAAUGUUUUAGCGAUGCUGGAGUUAGGGACAGCGUUGAUAUGCAUUUCGAUGAAUAACUUUUCCUUGGGAUUGUUUUGUGCAACUAUUUUAAUACCAAUUGCACUUCUCAUAAAUCCGUCAGACUGUAGGUUAUGUUCUUGGGUCCAGAAGCUGUUGUGGCUUCUAGUUCAUCCGAUAACAGUUUUAACAGCCGUCGUAGCAGUGAAUUCAUACUUGAUGUUCCCCGAAGAAGGAGCCAAGGAGCUAUUGAGUCGAGCAUGGGAUGCUACUCAGAAAUCAAUAUUGUAUGGUAUAGUUGAUUCCAUGAUUUAUGGCAACUGGCUUUAUACUGUCGUUACAAACAUAUUUUUGCCCAAUUGGUUAUGUUUCUGGAUUGUUUCCUUUAGCAAAGAAUCAUCAGAUACGAAUAAAGAGAAGAAAGACUAGUUUAAGUAGAUUAGAAUAAAUUUUUAGG